UAAAGUCCUUAAUUUUGAAGUAAAUUAAAUCAAGUCCUUCUUCUUCUUCGAUCACCUCAAAGCUUAAAUCUUUCCCCAUCGUUGUGCGUUCAUCCACGCGCCGCCUCAAGCACCGCCUGCAUUCCCCACCGACGGUCAUCUUCACCCUCCUCCUUACACCUCACUCACCAACUCUCCGUUUCUCAACUCACCUACACGAAAGAAAGAGAUGUUCCGGAGCCGAUUGUCGUCAUUUUUGUUGGUGAAAGGCAACAGUAAGGCUCUUUACAACCACCUCACCAAAACAGCAUCAUCUUCGUCUAGUGUUGUGAGGGAGGAGACCUCCAGAUUUUUCUCCACUGGAAUUGUACGGAGAAUUGUGCAUGAUUUCCGAUCUUCCCCUAAGUAUGUUCCAUCGUUGAGAAAUGUUUCCACGGUGCAAUCCCUUAAUGCGAAAAGUAAUGAAGGAUUAAAGCUACUUGUAAACGGCGGACCUCAUGCUCAAAAAAUGGUUGGGAUCUGGCUUUUUGGAUCUGCUGCUUGGGUUUUUAGUAUGGUCGUACUUGGAGGUGUUACACGACUAACAAGAUCUGGUCUUUCGAUGACUGAUUGGAAGUUUAGUGGCGGACUUCCUCCUCUAUCUGAUGAGGAAUGGUUACAUGAAUUCGAUAAGUACAAGCAGUCCCCUGAAUAUAAGCGGGUUAAUCGAGGAAUGAGUAUUGAUGAAUUCAAGUUUAUAUACUGGAUGGAAUAUGCACAUCGUAUGUGGGGAAGAGCUCUUGGUAUCAUGUUUGCUUUACCCUUUUCAUAUUUUCUUCGUAAAGGAUACAUUACCGUACGACUCGGACUUAAACUCUCUACUCUUUUCGCCCUUGGUGCUGGGCAGGGUCUGAUUGGCUGGUGGAUGGUUAAAAGUGGUUUAGAGGAACCGCCAUCUGAAUAUGCUCAGCCUAGAGUAAGCCCAUAUCGGCUUGCAGCUCAUCUUACUUCGGCAUUUGCUAUAUACAGUGGCCUCCUCUGGACAGGUCUCUCGGUUGUAAUGCCCGAACCACCUGCAGAAUCAAUAUCAUGGGUUAAAGGGGCUGCAAAAGUAAAGAGACUUGCUCUUCCUGUUAGCUUACUCGUCGGUAUUACUGCUGUCUCGGGAGCAUUUGUUGCAGGAAAUGAUGCUGGGCAUGCUUACAAUACUUUUCCGAAGAUGGGUGAUACAUGGAUACCUGAGGAUGUUCUAGAAAUGAAGCCACUUAUUCGCAACUUCUUUGAGAAUACCUCAACAGUGCAGCUUGACCAUCGUAUUCUGGCAACAGCAACUUUAGUUUCAAUCGGUUCAUUAUGGUGGUUAACAAGGAAAGUGGAUCUUCAUCCUGCAGUUCGAUAUUUGAUCGGAAGCACUGUUGGCAUGGCUGGUCUUCAGGUUACCUUAGGGAUAUCUACCCUUUUAUCGUACGUGCCAGUCUCCCUUGGCAGCGCUCAUCAAGCCGGGGCUUUGACACUAAUGUCACUGAUGAUCCUUCUCAUUCACACAUUGAGAAAGCCAUCGCCGUCUCUCCUUAAAUCUCUGCCUAAAGUUGCUAAGACAAUCUAGCUUUCUACACAAAUUUGUUUCGAUGAAAUGAUCGGUUACUUACUACUACUAGCUCUAGUGCCCGCCGCCCUCUUUUGGUUGGCGUUCUUGAGACCUUAUUUUGUCAUUAAAAAUGAAUUUUCAUUGUACAAACACAAAUAUGAUCGCGCUUUUUUCCUUGUUGUGUUUAGCUAAUGUUAUUGAUUCAAUUCCUCAUUGUUGAACUUGAAACUUUUAUAAAUUGAUAAAAUAAUACAAGGACAAUUUUCCUUA